AUGUCCGGAACGACAGCGCAAGAUGGGGCCUGGAAAUCGAGAGAGCAGGCCGAGGAGAGCCGUUAUGUCAAUGACAAGGAGAAGGCCCAACUAGAAGCCAUCCGCCAGGAAUUACAGCAGAACCAAGAGAGCGCCAAAAAGCAACAGAGCCACGACUUCGAGGGGGGCUUCGGCGGUCAAGAAGAUCUCGAAGACCGCUACGCCACCACCAGCGGCGAGCAUUAA